AUGGCUGAAUGUGACGCCAAUUAUCAUCGUCUGAUGCAGUUGUUCCCGAAUCUGCGUGAGCAGCCGGAGCAGCGCAUCGGUCUGCCGUUGACGGCGCUGGAUGCCCAGGUGGUAUUUCAGGUGCUCGAAAAGGGGCCUUACACCACAUUGCUGUCCAUGCAGGUGGAUUCUGAUGAGAAAUGGACAAAAAUGGCCGCCGCACCUGCGAUGACGGUGCGGGUUUAUCAUGAUGCUCGUAGUGCAGAAGUGGUGUCCUAUCAGGCCCAGAACCGGUUCCACGGCAAAUACGAAUACCCCAAUCAGCGUAUGCGUCAGCGGGAUGAAAAAGUUCAGCUGAACCGCUUUCUUGGCGAAUUUCUGACCUUAUGCCUUGCUCACGGUGCGGUUGCUGAACCGGUCUCUGGGGGCAUGGGCCUGAACGUUCUACACAUCACCGACUGUCACCUCGUGGCGCCUGACACAACCCUGCUGGGUGUUGAUACCCAGGCUUCGUUGGAGGCGGUGUUGGCUCAGGCCUGUGCGCAGCAGACACCUGCCGCGGUAAUUGCCAGUGGCGAUCUUGCCCACGACGCCAGGCGUGACGUUUAUCAGCGCUUUGUGCAUACCCUGCGCCGUUUCACCGCCGCGCCGCUCUUAUGUUUGCCGGGAAAUCAUGAUGUGCUGAGUGAGAUGCAGGCGGCGGAUCUGCCUAUGGCACCUCUGGCGCUGGCAGAUUGGGAUAUUGUCUCGCUGGAUUCUCAUGAAGACGAUGCACCGCAGGCGCUGGUGCGCGAAGCUGACCGAUUGCAGACCGGUGCGCAGAUUCGCGAUGCGCGCGGUGACCAUGUCCUGCUCGCCACACACCACCCAGUGGUUGCGAUUAAUUCGCCCUGGCUGGAUAAGGAUAGGAUUAAAAACGCUGUCGAACUGGUAUCAUCGCUCGCCGAGCAAAGUACCCGAGCGGGAGAGUCCAGACUGCGCGCCGUUGUUUUUGGGCAUGCCCAUCAAUGUGUUGCGGACUCUGUCGCCGCGGUCCCGGUGUUUGGUACACCAUCAACGUGUUUUCAGUUUGCACCCGGCAGCACGACCUUUACCGUGGAUACAUCAUCUCCGGGUUAUCGUUGGUUGUCUUUAUCGAACGAUGGCCGAAUCGAAACGCAGGUUUUUACAGUGGUUCUGUCUGGUUUGGAGCCGGUUCGGCGCCGACCAGGCAUGUAUACCGAUACGACUCGGCCCAACCACCUGAUACAGGAAGUGGUUGAUAACAGCGUCGACGAAGCCAUUGCGGGUCAUGCUCGCGAGAUAGAAGUCACGCUUUACAAGAACGGUGGCAUAGAAGUGAUCGACGAUGGUCGCGGCAUGCCGGUCGACAUUCACCCCGAGCAUAAAGUGUCCGGUGUUGAGCUGAUCCUCACCCGUCUGCAUGCCGGUGGCAAAUUUGAUAACGAAAAUUACAGCUUCUCCGGCGGUCUGCACGGGGUUGGCGUAUCUGUAGUCAAUGCAUUGUCUGAACAUCUGGAAGUCGAAAUAAAGCGCGACGGCAAUCUGUAUCGGCAGACUUAUGCCAAAGGCGCGCCGACCAGCAAACUCAAAGUGGUUGAUAGUGUUGGUAAACGUAAUACCGGCACCCGGAUUCUGUUUAUUCCGGAGGCAAGCUAUUUUGAUUCGCCGAACAUUUCUGUGCCACGGUUGCGCCAUCUGUUGCGCGCCAAGGCGGUGCUCUGUCCUGGUCUGCGCGUCAGCCUGGCCCAGGAAGGUAAACCGGAUGAAAAUGAAUCCUGGUACUUUGAAGAAGGUUUAAAAGGAUACCUGGAUAACGCGCUGGCCGGUGCAGAUACGGUGCCCGCGGAGACGAUUCUGCACAGUGCCCAGGGGAAUUCCGAAGCGGUCGAAUUUGCCGUGAAGUGGGUAGUGGAUGGUGGCGAGCUGAUUACAGAGUCCUAUGUGAAUCUGAUCCCAACAGCUCAAGGCGGUACUCAUGUCAACGGUUUGCGCUCAGGUCUUAACGAUGCGCUGAAAGAGUUUUGUGAGUUUCGCGACCUUCUGCCCCGUGGCGUAAAACUCACCGGUGAAGAUCUCUGGGAACAAUGCAGUUAUGUGCUGUCUGCCAAAAUGGGCGACCCGCAGUUUGCCGGCCAGACCAAAGAAAAGCUGUCAUCACGUCAAUCGGCUGCAUUCAUUUCCGGUGUGGCCAAAGAUGCUUUCAGUCUGUGGCUGAAUGAACACCCUGAGGCAGGUGAGCAGAUUGCUGAAAUUGCCAUCAACAAUGCGCAGAAACGCGUGCAGGCUUCAAAAAAGGUUGCCCGCAAAAAGAUCACCGCGGGGCCUGCUCUGCCAGGCAAACUGGCAGACUGUUCCGGCCAGGAUGCAGAUCGCGCUGAGCUGUUUCUGGUGGAAGGAGACUCAGCAGGCGGCUCUGCCAAGCAGGCUCGAGACCGUGAGUUUCAGGCUGUGCUGCCGCUACGUGGCAAAAUUCUGAACACCUGGGAGGUUGAUUCAAGCCAGGUGCUGGCGUCGUCGGAAGUGCAUGAUAUCGCCAUUGCCCUGGGCGUAGAUCCAGGCUCUAACGAUAUACAAGGGCUGCGUUACAACAAGGUCUGUAUUCUGGCAGACGCGGACUCUGACGGUCUGCACAUUGCAACACUGUUGUGCGCUUUGUUUGUGAAACAUUUUCGAAGCCUGGUUGAAGCCGGACACAUCUAUGUGGCGAUGCCCCCCCUUUACCGCAUCGAUAUCGGCAAGGAAGUGUUUUACGCCCUCGAUGAGUCGGAAAAAGAUGGCGUGAUGGAUCGCAUCGCCGCAGAGAAAAAGCGUGGUACGCCGAUGGUGCAACGCUUCAAAGGCCUGGGUGAAAUGAACCCUUUGCAACUGCGUGAAACCACCAUGGACCCGGAUACCCGCCGGCUGGUGCGGUUGUCGAUCGAAGGCGAUAACAAGACAGAAGAAACCAUGGACAUGUUGCUGGCUAAGAAGCGCGCGUCAGAUCGUCGCGUCUGGCUGGAAAGUAAAGGUGAUCAGGCCGAUCUUCCGUAA